UAGUUGUGCGAAUGAUCAUGUGCAACCUAGUCUCUCUCAAGCUCCUAUCCUCAUCCCUGAAGUGUUGUGCUCGAUGAGUUCGACGGUCGCACCAUGUCAAUCUACCGAUUUUACACCUCUUCGCAACCCCCAAGGGGUUGCCGAACUACCUGAUGGCGCCACGUGGAGUUCGGUGGUCGCCCGCCACGCGGGAGAGCUUGAGUCCAUUCAGCAGCAGCUGCAGCGCACGGACGUGGCACGUGGCUUACACGUGCUGCGGGUGAAUCAGAUGGAUGCGCUGCGACUGGACGACGAGAUGCGGCUAAUGCUGAAAGAGCAGCUCAUGAGGGUCUUUGCUCUCGUGCCGGCGGCGUGGGUGUCGCGGUGUGAGGCGGAGCUGGAGCUGCUGCUGGACGUGCUCGUGUGGCGCUUCUCCCUCUGGGCCGAUCGCCCUCUGCCCGGCUGUGCACUCAUGAACCUCAGGUUCAGGGACGAGCGCGGGGCAGGGGCAGCCUCACAUGCUGCUGUGCCAGUGCGGACGGGCGUGGAGGGUCCAGGGCUGACAGUGGGGCAGAAGGUGCUGUGGCUGGUGCUCACGGGGGGGCUCAAGUACGCGUGGGCGCGCCUGCACUCCUCGCCCAUGCUGCUGCCCAUGCAAGCGCACAUGCCGCAGCACACCUAUGGAAGGCACGGCGCAGGGACAGACUCGAAUCAACGACAUCAGUCGUCCUGGCGCCAGUGGCUGUGGCGUGUGCUGCACAGGGCAGAGGGUGUAGUGAAACUGGCGUCUCUGCUCAACCUCAUCGUCUUUCUUCAUUCCGCCAAGUUUCGCACGCUGCCGGAGCGGUUGCUGGGCAUAAGGGCGGUGUACGCGAAGCCGCACAUGGCGCGCGCUGUCAGCUUUGAGUACAUGAACCGGCAACUCGUGUGGAAUGAGUUCUCUGAGCUGCUGCUGCUGGUGCUCCCCUUGAUCAGCGUCUCCGCAAUAAAGCAAACAUUCUCCUCCCUCUUCCGCCUCCCCACUUCAUCAUCCUCUGGUUCCGGCGAUGGCUGCCCUGUUUGCUCUGCACAGCCCAUCCUCAUGCCAUACCGUGCACUGCCAUGCGCCCACGUGUUCUGCUACUACUGCAUCCACACACGCAUGUCUCUUCAUCGCGCCUUCCGAUGCCCCGGCUGCAACACGCGUGUUGAUAACAUGGAGAAAAUAGAGUUGCAAGUGCCACAAGAUGGCCAGCUGCCAUCAGAACCAAAUAUAGUGAAGGCAUGACUCUUGUGAAAUGAGUUGUGUAUCAUUUGUGUGCGUACGUGUAUUCAUUGUGUAAGGAAUUUUCCAUUCCUUACCGAGCGGUACUGCUAUCGCGUACGCUCGAACACACCUGAAGCCUCGGGACUGUUCCAGACCUUCUGACAGAACCGCCUCGGCUUUUCCAGACCUUCCGGGUAUUUUUUUUGCCAACCCUUAAUUUUCAGGGUUGGGUUUUUUUGAACCCUA